AAUAAAGGUCCCCUAACAGCAGCUACUGUUGCAAAGUUUUUUAUUUGACUCCUCAUUGACACAAAAAGUAUUUUUAAAAAAUAACUUAGUGUUCCGUUUGUAUGUACUGUGAAAGAAAUAGAACGGAAAUAAAACAAAUCAAAUCUUUUUAAAAUCACAUUUUUUUGUCGUUUAGACUUUUAUUUUAAAUAAUUUAUCCAGCGCCAUUUAGGGAAAAAAAGAGUUUUGUUUCCUGCUUCAGCUCCAGUGAGUGAUGGCGGGGCUCCAUCUCUCCACAUAUUAACAUGUAACAGACUCAUUUCUUCUCAUCUCCAUGGCUUGAAAUCGUUUCCGCCCCCUAUAAACUUUAGGACGAAUGUGUUAUAAUAUUCUCUCGAACUAGUUUGCGGUAAUCGCGAGGGGAAAGGCUCGGGUCGGUGGACGUACAUCGCUCCGGUUGUAUUUUAAGAUGGCUCCAGUUCAAAUCGGUUCGGACGGGCAGCUGGUCCCCGCCGGGGGUCUCACGUCGGCCCCCCAGCAUCCUCCGGGAGCCCCGGCAGCUCCAGGAGUCCGACUGAGCCUCUUGAUCGAGUUCCUGCUGCAGCGGACCUACCAUGAGAUCACUCUCCUGGCUGAGCUACUUCCUCGAAAAACAGACAUGGAAAGGAAAAUCGAAAUUGUUCAGUUUGCCAGUCGGACACGGCAGCUCUUUGUACGUCUGCUUGCUCUUGUGAAAUGGGCAAGUAAUGCUGGGAAGGUGGAGAAAUGUGCGAUGAUCUCAUCAUUUCUGGAUCAGCAAGCCUAUUUAUUUGUUGACACGGCUGACCGACUGGCAUCACUGGCCAGGGAUGCCUUGGUGCAUGCCCGUUUGCCUAGUUUUGCCAUCCCUUUCGCCAUUGAUGUACUGACCACAGGCUCUUACCCACGUCUGCCCACGUGUAUCCGAGACAAAAUUAUUCCUCCUGACCCUAUAACCAAAACAGAGAAGCAGACCACGUUAAAUCAGCUGAAUCAAAUCUUGCGGCACAGGCUAGUCACCACUGACUUGCCCCCACAGCUGGCCAACUUAACUGUGGCCAAUGGGCGAGUAAAGUUUCGAGUUGAGGGGGAAUUUGAAGCCACACUGACAGUGAUGGGGGAUGAUCCUGAUAUCCCUUGGAGACUUCUUAAACUAGAGAUUUUAGUUGAAGACAAGGAAACUGGAGAUGGCCGGGCAUUGGUACACAGCAUGCAGGUGAAUUAUAUCCAUGAGUUGGUGCAGUCUCGACUGUUUGGAGAUGACAAGCCUCUUCAGGACAUGUACAACUGCCUCCACUCAUUUUGCCUGUCACUACAGCUGGAGGUGUUACACUCUCAAACUCUGAUGUUGAUCAGAGAACGGUGGGGUGAUCUAGUGCAGGUGGAGCGCUACGUCCCUGCCAAGUGCUUCACGUUGUCUGUCUGGAAUCAACAGGUCCUGGGUAGAAAGACUGGCACAGCACCUGUGCACAAAGUCACCAUCAGAAUUGAUGAGACGGAUGGAUCCAAGCCAUUACAGAUCUCCCAUGAGCCUCCACUCCCUGCCUGUGAUUCCAGAUUAAUGGAAAGAGCCAUGAAGAUUGAUCAUCUCUCAGUUGAAAAGCUUUUGAUCGAUAGUGUACAUGCCCGCUCGCAUCAGAAACUGCAAGAACUCAAAGCCAUCCUCAAAAGUAGUAACCCUAGUGAUAACUCCUUCAUAGAGACAGCACUGCCCACACUAGUCAUACCAAUCCUGGAGCCCUGCGGCCGAUCUGAGUGCCUCCACAUAUUCGUCGAUUUGCACUCGGGAAUGUUUCAGCCAAUGCUUUAUGGAGUCGAUCAGUCAAUGUUGGACGAUAUCGAGAAGAAUAUUAACGAUGACAUGAAGCGCAUCGUCACAUGGUUACAACAGCUAAAAUUCUGGUUGGGCGAGCAGAGAUGUCGACAGUCUGUGAAACAUCUUCCCACACUGUGCACAGACACUCUCCACCUAUCUAACUUAACCACACAUCCUGUGGGCAACCUGUCAAAGCAUCGCCUCUUCAUCAAACUCACCCGCCUCCCACAAUACUAUAUUGUGGUCGAGAUGUUAGAUGUUUCCAGCAAUUCAACAGAGCUCCAGUAUAAGUACUACUUCCUGUCUGUGAGUCCGAUUGAGAGUGAGGAUGGGCUGCCUUCUGCUCAGCUGCUGCAGCAGUUUAAGCCCAACCUGGAGGAGCUUGUGCAGGACUUUUCUUCUGGACGAAUGGCUCGUCCCGGGGCAAAGAGGAAGUUGUCAGGAGAGCAAAGUGCCACUGAACCGAAGAAACCCAAGAGGUCUGGAGAGAUGUGUGCCUUCAAUAAGGAGCUGGCCCACCUGGUGGCCAUGUGUGACACCAACAUGCCUCUCAUCGGAUUACGCUGUGAGUUGUCCAAUAUGGAGGUUCCUCAUCAAGGGGUUCAGGUCGAAGGAGACGGCUGUAGCCACGCCAUACGUAUUCUGAAAGUUCCACCUUGUAAGGGAGUGGGUGAGGAAACGAGAAAAGCUCUGGAGCGCUCCCUGCUGGAUUGUACGUUCAGACUGCAGGGCCGGAAUAAUCGCACAUGGGUGGCAGAAUUGGUUUUCUCAGGUUGUCCACUCAACAGCACAGCCAACAAAGAGCAAGCUUCCACGCGGCAUGUCUACCUGACUUAUGAGAAUCCCCUUUCGGAGCCGGUGGGUGGCAGGAAGGUGGUGGAGAUGUUCCUGAACGACUGGAACAGUAUAAAUCAGCUUUAUGAAUGUGUGCUGGAGUUCUCACGUGCUUUACCUGAAAUGCCCUCCUAUUUGAGCCUUUUCUCAGAAAUACGGCUGUACAAUUACCGGAAGCUGGUUCUAUGCUAUGGCAACACCAAAGGCAGCUCGGUGACGAUACAGUGGAACUCAGUAACCCAGCGUUACCAUCUGGCCCUCGGGACAGUGGGGCCCAAUUCAGGCUGUAGCAACUGUCACAACAUAAUUCUGCACCAACUUCAAGAAAUGUUCAACAAGACACCCAAUGUAGUACAACUUCUACAGGUCCUCUCAGACACCCAAGCUCCUCUAAAUGCCAUCAACAAGCUACCCACAGUGCCUAUGCUGGGUCUCACCCAAAGGACCAAUACGGCAUACCAGUGCUUCUCCAUCCUGCCUCAGUCACCCACUCACAUCCGUCUGGCCUUCCGCAACAUGUACUGCAUUGACAUCUACUGCCGUAGCAGAGGUGUGGUGGCUAUCCGUGACGGGGCCUAUAGUCUUUUUGACAAUACCAAGAUCGUUGAAGGUUUCUAUCCUGCCCCUGGACUGAAGACUUUCCUGAACAUGUUUGUGGAUAGCAACCAAGACGCCCGCAGACGCUCGGUCAACGAGGACGACAACCCUCCCUCCCCGAUAAGCAUGGAUGACACCUUCAUGCCCCCCACCCAGACACAGCCUCCAGGCAGAGGGGUUUAUCCACCCCUCACAUCACCCCCCAACCCGUACCAUGUGCCUCCCUCACCGUCCAUGAUAACACAGUCUCCAGGAAACAUCCACGCAGCCAACUCCCCUAGCGGAGCUCUGCGGGCCCCUUCUCCCUUUGGGCCCACUCCUUCUCCUUCCUCUCUGGGCAUUUCUAUGGGGCAGACCUCCAACUUUGCUAGCCCUCAUGGAACUCUUGACCCUAGUUCACCUUACACGAUGGUGUCCGCCAGCCCAAGGGUUGGGCCUUGGCCAGGAUCUCCGCAGGUCUCUGGACCCUCCCCCGGGGCACGAAUCCCUGGCAUGUCACCAGGCAACCCUUCUUUGCACUCACCUAUUCCAGACCCAUCCCACUCUCCUCGAGCUGGUACCAGUUCACAGGCAAUGCCUCCCCCCCGUAAACUGCCACAGCGGUCCUGGGCCGCUUCUAUUCCCACCAUCCUCACCCACAGCAAACUACAUGUGCUGCUUCUACCUUCACCCAUGCCAUGCCCCGUGCCAGGGCUGGCGGGCAGCUACCUGUGCUCACCUCUGGAGCGCUUCCUGGGUUCUGUCAUCAUGAGACGGCACCUGCAGAGAAUCAUACAGUUAGAACCCAAUCUUACUAUUGUGAACUCCAACGAACCAGGCGUCAUCAUGUUUAAGACGGAAGUACUUAAAUGUAGGGUGGCUCUCAACCCCAAAACCUACCAGACUCUGCAGCUGAAAGUUACACCAGAAAACACUGGACACUGGUCACAGGAGGAGCUGCAGGUCCUGGAGAAGUUCUUUGAGACCAGGGUUGCAGGUCCACCCUUUAAAUACAACACACUAAAUGCCUUCACAAAACUUUUGGGAGCUCCCACCAACAUACUCAGAGACUGUGUUCGCAUCAUGAAACUGGAGUUGUUCCCAGACCAAGCGGCCCAGUUGAAUUGGAAUGUGCAGUUUUGUCUGACCAUCCCACCCAGCGCUCCUCCCAUCGCCCCUCCAGGAACCAUUGCUGUGGUGCUGAAAACCAAGAUGCUCUUUUUUCUCCAGCUGACCCAGAGGCUACCGGUUCCCCAGGAGCCCAUCAGCAUCAUAGUGCCUAUAGUGUAUGACAUGGCCACUGGACUGACCCAGCAGGCUGAUAUCCCCCGCCAGCACAGCUCCUCGGGAGCCGCGGCCCUGAUGGUCAGCUCCAUCCUCAGGAGGUUCAACGAGCACCAUCCCCCACGACAAGGAGAGUGCACAAUAUUUGCAGCGGUUCAUGAGCUCAUGGCUAAUCUCACGCUGAAUCCUGGUGGACGGCCAUAACUUGGCAUCUGUUAGGAAACUUCACCAGACUGAUCAUUAAAUCAGUUCAGCCCUGACUCGAGGGAAAUUCAGGUUUUCUGGUGCAGCCAAUGGACUCUUCUGCUGGUGGAUCACAUUGUCACAAAAGGGAGCAGAAAUGUGAUGAACUUAUUGGUGUUUUGUAUUAUGAAGCAUGUAAAUUAAUAAUUGUGACAAAAGCAGGACUUCUUUUUUUUAAAUAGCUUGGCAAAGUUCUGCUAACGGAUUUAUUUUUUUCAUAUGCACUUCUUGAGGAAAUGAUUGUGAUAAAAAAUGUUUAACUACAGCUGUAUUUUUGUUUUAUUUGAAACUUUGCAGAAUAAUUCUUGUCUGUUUUUUGUAAUACAAGAUAUUAGCACCGUGUAAGUAUUGUUUUCUUUAUCAGCACACUAUUUAAAUGUUUUUUUUUUUUUUACUUUGAGUUCUUAGCAUACCUGUCACUUUAAAUAUGUGUGACAAAACUUCUAAAUAAGCAGUGUUUUAUUAUAAUUCAUUGGAAUCACGGAAAAGGUCUAAGAUUUUUCAUGUCUAUGUUUAUUACUUUUUAAUAAAAAUUGGAAAUAGCUCCAUCCUUUCA